UGCGCUGCGUGUGUCCAUGUUUCCGGUCGGACACAUUCGAGCGUUGCACAGCUGUAGAUCGCAUGUGCAGACAGAAACUUCACUUGCAGGUUUGUGUUGAAGAUGGAGUCGGCUGUGGAGGUGGAGAGAGGCGUAGCUGCUAUUAAGGAGCAGUUCCUCACCACUAAAGAGAAGUUCCAUGAGUUUCUUGAAUCAGGCCGACCGCAUCAGAGCAGCGAUGAGCCGGACAAAGAGUCGGAGGAGCCGUCAGAAGAACCGGAGCAGAAGAAGAUGAAGCUGGACAGCGAUGGAGACAAGAAAGACAAGAAGAGGAUGAGAGGACAGAAUAAAUCCAGACCUCACAUGAAACCUCACAGCUACGAAGAGAGACGACUGUGUUCCUCAAUCAUUCAGGAGCGAGAAACCAAAUGCUUCUACGGCGACAAAUGCCGCUUCGUCCACGACGUGAGCGAGUACAUGUCCACCAAAGCGGCGGAUCUGGGCGAUCGGUGCUACCUGUUCGACACCUUCGGCAAAUGUCGGUACGGCGUCACCUGCAGGUUUGCUAAAGCUCACACGAGUCCCGAGCUGAAGAACCUGCUGAACGAGGAGCUCUGCAAAGGCUGGGCCGGACGAGAGACCGUCAGGAACAACCUGGACAAAGAGCUGCAGAGACAACUGAGGAAGAAACAGGUGAAAUUCACCGGAGCCGAGGCCUAUCUGAAAACCAUCAGCCGCGGAAAGAAACCAGAACACAAGAGCGCAGAAGAGAGUCAACACGCAUCGAACGAGGAGGAGAACCAGAGCGGAGCAGGAGACGCUGCUAAUGGACAAGACACAAAGAAUGUUGUGGAUCCUCCUGUGAAGACGGUGGGGCCGAUUAUAGACGCUGACAUCGUCAAACUGCGACCAUGUGAAAAGAAACAGGUGGAUUUCAAAGACAAACUCUAUCUGGCUCCUCUUACUACGUGUGGGAAUCUGCCGUUCCGGCGCGUGUGCAAACGGUUCGGAGCCGACAUCACGUGUGGAGAAAUGGCCAUGUGCACCAAUCUGCUGCAGGGUCAGGCGUCUGAAUGGGCUCUUCUCAAAAGACACGAAUCUGAAGAUCUGUUCGGCGUUCAGUUGGAAGGCUGUUUUCCAGACACCAUGACCCGAUGCGCCGAGCUGCUCAAUCAAAACAUCGAUGUGGAUUUUGUGGAUAUAAACUCCGGCUGCCCCAUCGACCUCGUUUACAAGAAGGGUGGAGGAUGUGGCCUCAUGACACGAACCAGCAAAUUUGAACAGAUUGUGAGGGGAAUGAACUCUGUGCUGGACGUUCCUCUGACGGUUAAGAUCCGUACCGGAGUUCAGCAGAACUGCAACGUCGCACACAAGCUCAUCCCAGAGAUGAAGAAGUGGGGCGUCUCGCUCAUUACGUUGCACGGCAGAUCACGUGAACAGCGUUACACGAAGUCAGCAGACUGGGAUUAUAUCGACACCUGCUCACAACUCGCCGCUCCCGUACCGCUGUUCGGAAAUGGAGACAUUCUGUCAUAUGAAGAUGCUAUGAAGGCCAGAGAGACUGGAGUGUCUGGAAUCAUGGUGGCCAGGGGUGCGCUGAUCAAGCCGUGGCUCUUCACUGAGAUUAAGGAGAACAGACACUGGGACAUUUCCUCCAGCGAGCGUCUGGACAUCCUGCGCGACUUCACCAACUACGGCCUCGAGCACUGGGGCUCCGACACGCAGGGCGUAGAGAAGACGCGCAACUUCAUGCUGGAGUGGCUCUCCUUCCUGUGCAGGUAUAUUCCGGUGGGUUUGUUAGAGCGCGUCCCGCAGAAGAUCAACGAGCGCCCGCCGUUCUACAUGGGCCGAGAUUACAUGGAGUCUCUGAUGGCCAGUCAACACGUGGGCGAUUGGAUCCAAAUCAGUGAGAUGCUGUUGGGUCCUGUACCUAAGAACUUCAGUUUUCUGCCCAAACACAAAGCGAAUGCUUAUAAAUGACCGUCAACUGCAGUGAAAGUCAAUGAUGAUUAAACAAACUUUUUUUAUUUUAUUUAUAUCUACUUUGAAGAUUUAAUGAUUUAUUAAGUAGUUGUUUAUAUUCAGGUUGAGUUUAUUUUAAACGCAUUAAAGACGUUUGUGUGUGUGAAUGUGAGAUAUUAACACAAUGUUUUAUAAUUGAACUGAUCAACAGAUCAAAACUUGAACUGUAAAUCAUGGUCCUCAGAUACACAAUACUGAAUUACACCUGUUUCCUUUGCUUCUGCUUGUGCUCGCAGUAAAAACUACUGCACAUGUUUACUGAUGAUGUCAUGAAAGAAUAAAGUCAAGAUACUCACUAAUGACUGCAGCUCUCGAUUAAUCAGCCAUCGAAUCUGAAGAGAUCACAUGCUCUAGUGAAAAACACAUACACUGACAUGCUAUUUUGUACAUUGGCAUCAUAUAGGAAGUGUACAACAGGAGUGUUUAAACUGUGCCAGUGUUUAUUAUUAAUGAUCAGUGAUUUCAUUCAGAUUACACACAUUAACACAAUCACCCGAAAAGCUCAAAAUAUAGUGCUCUUAUUAAACAAAAAUAAUGUUCUGCGAUACAAACCCUCAGGCUGCACCAAUCACGGCCUCUGUAGGUCAGGUGGGCGGAGCUACUGUCAGAGGAGGAGGGUCUGUCACUGUUCCAUUCACUUCCAUUCACACACACACAAAUGUAGGACAGCAGGUAUACAAACA